AUGCAAGAGGAGCAACAGCCGGAGGCUGCUGCAGAUCCAAUGUCCUCCUCUGACGCACCAGAAGAUGGCCCAAAGGAAACGUCAAGUGUAUCGCAGAAUAUCUCUGAUGCAGAUGCAUUUAAAAUUCUUCUGGAGAUGAAGAUGAAGAAGAGGCAGAAAAAGCCUAAUUUACCAAGCACUGUGACUGAGCUUGAUACCGAGGAUGGUUCUAAAGUAUAUGUGGUUGGAACAGCCCACUUCAGUGACAGCAGCAAAAAGGACGUAGUGAAGACAAUACAAGAAGUGCAGCCUGAUGUAGUUGUGGUGGAACUAUGCCAGUACAGAGUUUCUAUGCUGAAGAUGGAUGAAAAGACAUUACUAAAGGAAGCCAAAGAAAUAAAUCUAGAAAAACUUCAACAAGCUAUAAAGCAGAAUGGAGUCAUGUCUGGAUUGAUGCAAAUGCUGCUUCUGAAGGUUUCUGCUCACAUCACAGAACAGCUGGGAAUGGCCCCAGGAGGAGAAUUCAGGGAGGCUUUCAAAGAGGCCAGUAAAGUACCUUUCUGUAAAUUCCAUCUUGGAGACCGACCCAUCCCUGUUACAUUUAAGAGAGCAAUUGCUGCACUUUCUUUCUGGCAAAAAGUCAAGCUUGCCUGGGGCCUUUGCUUCUUAUCUGACCCAAUCAGUAAAGAUGAUGUGGAGAAAUGCAAACAGAAGGAUUUACUGGAGCAGAUGAUGGCAGAAAUGAUUGGAGAAUUUCCUGAUCUUCAUCGAACGAUUGUCUCGGAACGAGAUGUUUACUUGACCUACAUGCUGAAGCAAGCAGCAAAGCAGAUAGAACUACCUCGAGCUUCAGAAACGGAACCUAGAAAAUAUAUCCCAGCUGUUGUAGUUGGUGUUGUUGGGAUGGGUCAUGUACCUGGAAUUGAAAAGAACUGGAACUCUGACUUAAACAUCCAGGAAAUAAUGAGUGUGCCUCCUCCAUCAGCUUCAAGUAAGAUUUUCAAAUUUGUCAUAAAAGCAACAGUUUUUGGACUGAUGGGAUAUGGCUGCUACCGAAUAGGUCAAAGGACAGUUCAGUUUAUUCUCUCGAUGCCAGCAGCACAGAGCUAUCUUCAGAAGCUGACAGAAAUAAAGUCUCAGCAUUGAACAUCGAGUGGAGGCACGAUGUGAAAAAGGUGGCUGAAAAAGGGUGACAGAGGCAACAAACGUGAACUGGACUGAAAGAAGAGGGAGAUGAGGAUUCUAGUCAGAGAUGAUGGAUGCUGAGCAGCGCUGAAUUGCUAUAUAAUAAAAUAUUUGAUACUAAAGUUACACCAGCUAUGAUCUAAUGAAUAGGUUUGGUUCCUGGUAAGUGUGUUGCAUGAAACCACAUGAUUCCAGAUUGAGGUAAAAGAAGUAUGUACGCAAAUAUAUAUAUUAUAUAUAUGCAUACUGUAUAUAUAAUAUAUAUUACUGAUGAUGUAGUACAGACAGCUUAAAGAGCGUA